CACUGACAAGUAAAUUAGCAGGCUCGAGUAUGGCGGCGAAAACAAACUUUUGCUCUUUGUAAUGCUUCUUGAUGACUUGUUUAUGUUCUUAUAAUCAUGCUGCUUGGUAAUUUGCUUAGUGGAAAAGAAAUAUCAAACCUUAUAGUCCUUCAAGAUACCAUAGAUGCAAGUGCACGACCACUAUUGUUAUGUUUCGUAAAGUCUCUCCUUGACAGGGUGGAUCUGGUCUGUUUGGUCUGCUAUGAGCAUCCACCCAGCAAAUUUCUCAAGUCAUUAGAUGCUGAAUUACAAUCCAGGGUUGAGUGUUUUGAUGCCUGUACUGACUACCUAAAAUGGAAUCAAGAUAAGGAAAGUGAUGAACAGAAUCAUCUAGUCCACCAUGACUCCGACCUUAUAAACACAAUAAGAAAGGCAAUUAACAAAAGAUGCUCAUUGAACCAAAAUGGUGAGCAACUCAAGGUUGCCAUAGCAAUGGAUUCUGUAAGUAACCUAAUACUACAAUCUGUAUCAAAUACAUGUCAGAUGCUACACCAGUUAUUACAAAGUAAAGCUGCAGAAAAUGUGCUUGCAUAUAAGGUGGAGCAGAUUGUGUGUGUUGUUCACUCUGAUCUCCAUGAAAACCACAUCGUGCAUGCUUUUGUUUCAAUAGCAACUUCUAUUCUCCAGAUCUCACCAUUAGAUCAAUCCCAGACAGAUCCUGCUCAAGGAUGUCAGUCAGAAGAGGUGGAAAAUUAUUGCAAAGUACUACAUAUCAGGAGAACAGGAAAAGUAUUAAAAAAGAGACAAAGAUUUUUAAUGAAUCAGCAGUUUGAAGUGAAGGAAUUCCAAGAGGAAGAUUGGACACAGAAACCAGAAAUAUUAAAGAUCAGCGAGCCUGAAGCAGAUCCAACUGCUAAUCUUCCAUUUAAUUUAAAACUCACGAAGCAAGAAGAGCAAGCAAGAGCCAAUACACAGUUACCUUACAUGCACCAUACAAACACCUCUGAACCUUUGGCAGGAAAAGAGAGUCAGAUAUUCUAUCAACCAGAUGAUGUUGAUGACUUUGAUGAGGAUGAUCCAGAUGAUGAUCUUGAUAUCUGAAUACUUAGACAGGCUUCAUAUAUGUCAUAAAUAUGUAGAUAACGACUAGUUUUGGAACUAGUUUGGACUGCGUCAGUGUUUUUUAGUUGAAACAAAUGUGUCGUAGUGGAUAAUUUUAUCACUGUAAAUACGAAAGAUAAUAGACUGACGUUUCAGACGUUAGUCCUACAUAUGUCAUGUUCACCUAGUAAUGUUUAUAAUAGGCAUUGUCAUAGUGAUUUGAUGUGCCAACCACCUUUUAUUAUUGGAAUGUCAGAUAGAUUUCUGGUUUAUGGCAAUUUAAGUAACAAUCAACCAAAAUAAAUUUUGCACACCUAUACGGUGCUUAAUGAAUGAGUUUGGACAAAUAAAGAAUAUUACUGCUAGCUAUAUCACAGUCUCUUACUCAGUAAUGUCAUAAAUAUUAAAAUUUUCUUCUAAUUGU